AUGCUCGCGAGCCGGCUGUGUCUCAAAGCCGCGACGAGGCCUAGUCUUGCAAGCUCGCUGAGUAUCAGGCCCGUCGCGGCGACAUCAUGGCGAACGAAGCGCGUCUUCGCGACUACACCACAACACAGAAAAGAAGAUGUCGCGAGGGUACAGACGAUACAAAAGGAGAGCCAUGCGAGGCAGCCUGCGGAGGAGAGCGUCAAGCCAGAGACUGUCAAGAAGGAACAGAAUGCUGAGCCUGCGCCGGCCAAAACUGACCCUCUGCUGGCCGAGCAGACUGUCUCAAACAAGGAACAGAGGAAGGCGGAUUGGGCCAUCAUUAAGGAUAUGUCACAGUACUUGUGGCCCAAAAACGACUUUGGGACGAAGUUCAGAGUGGGCUUGAGUGUCGGUCUGCUUAUAGGUGCAAAGGUCGUCGACAGCAUGAACAUCGAUUUCGCAGCCGUGGGCGGAACAGCAGCUACGGUAGCGGGCGUCUCCAUCUUCGCCUACGGUGCUACUCGAAUAGGCGCCGCUAUCUUUCAAGAAAUCCGAAACGCAGUCUUCGCAUCGGUUGCACAGAACGCCAUUAGGAGGGUGGCUGGCAACGUGUUUGAGCAUCUGCUGAAGCUUGAUCUGAACUUCCACCUCUCCCGCCAGACUGGUGGUCUGACCAGAGCCAUCGACCGGGGCACGAAGGGUAUCAGCUUUCUGCUCACGAGCAUGGUGUUCCAUAUCAUUCCUACAGCCCUGGAGAUCAGCUUGGUGUGCGGCAUAUUGACGUGGCAAUACGGGUGGCAGUUCGCUGCCAUCACAGUCGGAACCAUGGCAGCCUACAGCUGGUUCACCAUUGCAACCACAGCAUGGCGUACCCAGUUCCGAAAGCAAGCGAACGCGGCAGACAACAAGGGCGCCACAGUCGCCGUGGACAGUCUAAUCAAUUACGAGGCCGUUAAGUACUUCAACAAUGAGAAGUACGAGAGUCGAAGAUACGACUCGGCCUUGAAGAACUAUCAAGACGCCAGCAUCAAGGUCGCGACCUCCCUCACAUACCUCAAUUCCGGACAGAGCUUGAUCUUCAGCACUGCUUUAACUGGCAUGAUGUACAUGGCCGCACAAGGUGUCGCCGCUGGAACGUUGACCGUUGGAGACCUGGUCAUGGUGAACCAGCUCGUUUUCCAGCUCUCCGUGCCUCUCAACUUUCUAGGCAGUGUCUACCGCGAGCUGCGCCAGAGCUUGCUGGACAUGGAGACCCUCUUCAACCUUCAGAAGGUCAACGUCGCUAUCAAAGAGAAGCCAAAUGCCCAACCACUGCUUCUCAACCAAGGCGGCGAGAUCAAGUUCGAGAACGUAACCUUCGGCUACCGCCCUGAUCGCCCCAUCUUGCAAGGCCUCAACCUCACCAUCCCAGCCGGGAAGAAAGUCGCCAUCGUCGGCCCCUCAGGCUGCGGCAAGAGCACAAUCCUACGACUUCUCUUCCGCUUCUACGACGUCCAAGACGGCAGAAUCACAGUCGAUGGCCAAGACAUCCGGGACGUACAAGUUGAAUCCCUCCGCAAAUCUAUCGGUGUCGUGCCUCAAGACACACCCCUCUUCAACGACACAAUCGAGCACAACAUCCGUUACGGCGACAUCAAUGCCUCCACCGAAGAAGUCGAAGCCGCAGCCCGCCGCGCUAGGAUCCACAGCAUCAUCGAAGGCCUGCCAGAUGGGUAUAAGACCAUGGUCGGCGAACGAGGAAUGAUGAUUUCAGGUGGCGAGAAGCAACGACUGGCAGUCUCGCGUCUGAUACUUAAAGACCCGCCACUGCUGUUCUUCGACGAGGCGACGAGUGCUUUGGACACCCACACGGAGCAGACGCUGCUGCAGAACAUCAACAGCAUCAUCCGUGAGAAGGCGCGGACGAGUGUGUUCGUCGCGCACCGGCUGCGGACGAUUUACGAUUCGGACGUGAUCAUCGUGCUCAAAGAGGGCAAGGUCGCAGAGCAAGGAACGCACGAGAGCUUGGUAGAUAGCGACGGCAUUUACUCUGAGCUCUGGAGCGCGCAAGAGAUGCUGUUCACGGAGGAGGAUGGUGUAGGAGACGAGGCGAAGGAGAAAACCAAAGAGGUAUAA